AUGGCACCCAAGCCCGCCUCAACUGCUUCCAAAGCUCCGGCUUCAACCGCUGGCAAGGCGCCAGCUAAGACAGACACCAAGGCUGCGAAGAAGACUGCCAGCAAGAGCAAGGCUGCAGCACCCGCCGAUGGCGAGAAGAAGAAGCGCAAGAAGUCGAGAAAGGAGACUUACAGCUCGUAUAUCUACAAGGUCUUGAAGCAGGUUCACCCCGACACUGGUAUCUCCAACAAGGCAAUGGCCAUCCUCAACUCCUUCGUCAACGACAUUUUUGAACGUGUUGCUACCGAGGCUUCUAAGCUCGCCGCCUAUUCUAAGAAAUCAACCAUCUCCUCCCGUGAAAUCCAGACCAGUGUUCGUCUCAUUCUUCCCGGUGAACUAGCCAAGCACGCCAUUUCUGAGGGAACCAAAUCUGUCACCAAAUUCUCUGCCGGUGGCAAGUGA